UUCCGGUAAAACAAGACAAGUAGCCCGCUUCUCGAUGGCGGCGUUUUCGCAUUUGUAAACAAAAACAAACCGCGUAACGUAAAAUAACAAUUUCGCCGCAGAUGGAGUGGACGUGAUAUAACGACAAUGACGUCGACGGACACAUAUCAGUUGAAAUGGCAUUCGCACAGUUCACAUUUGAACGGGUCCGUUGCGGCUUUGCUGCGCUCGGAGCGGUUCACGGACGUGGUGCUGUGCACGAUGGACGGGUCUCAAAUCCCGGCUCACAAGUUCAUCCUAAGUUCGUGCAGUGUUUACUUGAGCGGCUUGUUCGAGGGCCAGCGGCAUGUCACGCGGAUGGGCGGUAUGCUUUACGUCGUUCUGCCUUCGGAGAUAUCCACGAAGGCGCUCAAGAUUUUAGUGGAGUAUAUGUAUAAAGGUGAAACAACAGUUUCAAAUGAAGUUCUAGAUACAGUAUUAAAAGCCGGGGAGGUCCUAAAGAUCCGAGGCUUAUGGCGGCAGACGGAUGAAGCUGGAGACCCUCCGGCAGAGAAGACAACUGCACAAGUAGCUAGCGUUAACAAACAGCCGGUGAAGAAACCGGAGGACUUACAGCCUAAGAUUGCAGUCAAGAAAGAUGAUAAACUACUUAAGACUUUUACACCAAUGCAGCAGCAAGGGGUCACAAGGCCUAUGUUCAUCGGACCACCCAAACUGGUGUUCAUCAAGACCACUGAGGGCGGCACGCAGGCGGCGUUACGAUCGGCCGGGCCGAAGGGCCAAACUAUACUGGUUGCACCCGCGCCCUCCCUGGACACCUCUACCACCUCUGCUACUACCACCACAACCUCCACUUCAAUAGCUAUAGCUUCGACGACGAUAGCGGACGACUCGCCGGACGAGGCGCCGGCGCCGCGCAUCCUGCGGCGGCACGCGGCCGAGCGCAAGUACGGCAAGCGGCAGAAACCAGACGACACCGAAGACAAGGAUGCUGAGGAUACUGCCUCCACUAGAACCCUCGGCACGCGGCCGAGCGCAAGUACGGCAAGCGGCAGAAACCAGACGACACCGACGACAAGGACGCCGAGGAAACUGCCUCCAAACCCUCGGCACGCGGCCGAGCGCAAGUACGGCAAGCGGCAGAAACCAGACGACACCGACGACAAGGACGCCGAGGAAACUGCCUCCAAAAAAUCAACAGCCAGCAACAACGACCCAGACGUGUCUAUAAAGGAGGAGCCGGAAUGGGACGCGUCCAGCAUCGAAGAGGAGGAGCGAUCCAUCGCCGAAAUGUUCCAGCAAGAGAUGAGCGUCAAACAGGAGCCUGAGGACCUGGACAUCGAUGAAGACGGACUGGUGUACAGCCCGCUGGCGUGCGAGCUGUGCGCGGAGGUGUUCACGCUGCCGGCGGCCUGGGUGCGCCACGUGGAGGGCCACGCGCGCGCCGACCACACGCACGCGCGCAAGCGCAAGCAUCGCUCCGCGAGCGAUGACACCGAAGAAACGAUGGCACUACUGCGCUGCGAUUUGUGCCAAAAGCACUUCCCCAACCCCGCCGAGUGGGUGCGCCACGUGCAGAGCACCCACACUGAAACAGAAUUGGCCAUAUCAAACAACAGUGCCCCACCAAAACGUCACAAUCGUUUCACAGAGGGCGCGCAAAACAAGACUUGCUCGCACUGCAAGAAAACGUUCCCGUCUCAUGCCUCCAUGCUCAUACACAUGAGGACGCACACAGGUGAGCGUCCGUUCGUAUGCGGGCUGUGCAACAAGGGUUUCAACGUGAAGUCCAACUUGCUGCGGCACCUCCGCACGCUGCACGACCAGAUCAUCAGCCCCGCGCUCGUCGAGGGCGAGGCGGACGACGAGACCGAGGGGCCGAGCGAGGUGAAGCGCGAGUCCUGAGGCCGCGGGGGGGCGGGGCGGCGAGGCCGGCGCGCGGUGCUGCCGCGCAAGCAGAGCUACUCGCUGUUCCUCAAGCAGCGCGCCGUGCUCUUCUCCGCCAAGAAGUGGAAGCA